AUGAUUGAAAAUAAAGGAGCUGCUGAAACUGAUGUAGUUGACACUUCUGUUGUUCAAAAUGAUGUCAACCAAGUAAAUGAGGAUUCAGCUUUGAUCAAAACUGGUGUCAAAGAAAGUGAUAGCAAUGAAGGGACUCCUGUACGUACAGAAGAUGAUGGGAAACCGAGAUUCUUCUCAUUAGCGCAGAUCACCGUAAAAGUUAAUGAUUUUGCAUCUGCAGCGAUUGCUUCUGUAAAAGAGAAAUUUUUAGGCGAGGAUUACUGGAUUCCUAGUGACCCUUAUGAAGUUGUUGACAUUCGUUCAGAAUUGCUGGCCUGUCACAAAAUUGUCUACCCUUCUGAUGGUCAUAUUGGUACAACUGCUUUAAUGGUUGUUCAAGGCUCUUUAAAGAGUGAUCCUUCUGUAGCUCUAAAUCAUGUUGUUUACACUUGUACUGAAGAUGGCAAGAAUAGACAUUUAACAAUUUUCCGUUCUUUUAACGCUGAGGAGGCUCUUGAUUUUUGUAGACGUUGUGAUGAAUGCCGUGUUCUUUUUAAUCUUCUUGACCAAAAGAAGGAUAUUAGAAGGCCUGUUUGGGAUGUUACUUAUAUGAUUAAAAAUCACCCACUUUGGAGAAUGGUUCAUAUUGCUAUAUUAUGCAAUCGAACAGAUAUUUUCUCUGAUGAGGGAAUCGAAUGUAUAAAGAAAUUUGGAUAUUCUGUUGAUGAUUUGACAAAUGUCGUUUGCUCUCCUGAAGGCAAAUAUCCUUUAAUGUUGGCAAUAGAAAAACAACAAGAGUCAAUUGUUCGUUUUCUUCUUAAAAAUGGCGCUAAUCCAGGUGCACGAGAUCCAAAAGGGAAUAAUUCGCUCCAUUAUGCAGCUUUAGCUUCAGCAAGUAUGUUAGAAACCCUUUGGCAUUUUGAAUCUUGCAAGCCUCUUUUAAACUCAAAAAACAACGAUGGGGAAACGCCAACUCGUGUUGCAUUCCAAAAUUUGAAUCCGCUUUGUCUAAAAACUUUGUUGGGUUUUGGUGGUGAAUUAAUGUUGAAGGCAUCUGACAAAAAUCCUCUUUUUGAGUUGAUGCAAUCUAAGGGGAAGACUGUUGAAAUGAUUCGAGUUGUUUUGGAAGCUUCUCCUGGAGUUCUUAAUGAACGAGACCUGGCCACUGGAAAUACAGUUAGUAAUUUAUUUUAUAAAUUAUUUUGUUUUAAGUGCCUUCAUGCCGCUCUCUUCAAAACUUCACUUAUGAGUGUUCUUCAUUUAAAACAUACAGAGCUUGAUCUAAAUUCAAAAAACAAGGCAGGACUAACACCUUUACAUCAAUUUGUGAUAGCUGGAGAUUUCGGUUCUUGA